CGUCACCAGGAAGCGCCGUCCAUACUUUAUUGAAGUUUUCUCGCAAAUGCAACCGACAGUUAGAAAUGAGUUCAAGUGCCUCUAAUAGCUAAAUUUUUUAAAAUGUUUUGAUACAUAAAAUAAGGACCAUAUCAGUGUCACUGACCUUGGCCUCUUCUCAUUAACAGCCAUUUGAGAUGGAUGACAUCCACCUACACUACAGGUUCUUGAACUGGAGACGGCGAAUCAGAGAGAUUCGUGAGGUUCGAGCUGUGCGCUUUCAGGAGCGAUACAAGCGUAUGCUUAAAGAUGGAGACACACUCAGUUAUCAUGGGAACUCGGAUGAAGUUGGCUGCUAUGUGGCUCCUAGACCAUUAUCAAAAGGAAACUGUUACUUUGAGGUGACCAUAAUGCACACUGGAGUAAGAGGCACUAUUGCAGUUGGCCUUGUUCCUCAGUUCUACAAGCUUGACCACCAGCCCGGCUGGCUCCCACAUUCUGUCGCAUACCAUGCUGAUGAUGGCAAGCUCUACAAUGGAACAGGAGUAGGACAGCAGUUUGGUCCAAAGUGUAACCGCGGAGACCGUAUUGGCUGUGGGAUUUAUGCUGACACUGUAGAUGCUGGCCUCACGACUGUAUUCUUUACCAAGAAUGGGAAAGAGGUAGGUUCGGUGGUGGUACCUGUGGCCCCGGACGGACUGUUCCCUGCCAUCGGCAUGCAUUCCCUGGGAGAGGAGGUGCGGCUGGACCUGCAGGCCGAGUGGGGGCAGGAGGAGGACGACAGUGUGAUGAUGGUGGACAGCCAUGAAGACGAGUGGGGUCGCCUCUAUGAUGUGCGGUCCAGCGGAACGCUUCUGGAGUAUGUAGGGAAAGGCAAGAGCAUCAUGGAUGUGGGAUUGGCCCAAGCCCGCCAGCCUCUCACCACACGUAGUCACUACUUUGAGGUGGAAAUUGUGGAUGCAGGCGACAAAUGCUAUAUAGCACUUGGACUGGCACGCAGAGACUACCCCAAGAACAGGCACCCUGGUUGGAGCCGAGGAUCCGUGGCAUACCAUGCAGAUGAUGGCAAGAUCUUUCAUGGAAGUGGGGUAGGAGACCCUUUUGGACCACGCUGUUUCGAGGGAGACAUCAUGGGCUGUGGAAUCAUGUUCCCACGAGACUACAUCUCAGACGGGGAAGAUGAGUUGGAUGAGUGGGAGGCACUGGAGGUUCGGCCCAAACAGGGCCGCGUGCAGAACUUUGUGUACCUGAACGAUGAAGACGAGGAGGAGGAUGGAGAUGACCCUGAGCAGGAUCAGGAAGGCAGAAAAGUCAUGGUGUUCUUCACCCGCAACGGCAAGAUCAUCGGGCGACGGGAGGUGGUGGUGCCCAUGGGCGGCUUCUACCCAACCAUCGGGAUGCUGAGCAGCGGAGAGAAGGUCAAGGUGGACCUGCAUCCCCUCAGCGGCUGAGCGGGAGUGGGAGGGAUGCGCAAGAAAGAACACGGAGGGAGGAAAAAGAGCAUCCACAUAUCAAGCUGUCAGUUCAAAUAUAUGCUUCGACCAGUUCACCAUUGCGGUCAUCAUGAUUAGUUUAAACUACUGCAGUGAAAAAGGGGGAACCAUCCGGAUUUGGUGAGCUCAGCAGAACAGGGUGUGUUGGUACUGGUCACACAGCUUUUCUUUACUUUCUCAUUAUCUUACUUUUUAAACAAGCCUUUCGCUUGAAGUUAUUUUGGCAGAGGCUUGGAGACAACCAGGAGAGCCUGGAGACAACCGCAUCAACACGAGUCCUCAUCUCUCCUUGUCCGUUAUCUCUUCACUCUGGGAAGUGGUGCUUCAUGUUCAGCUCGGGGCCUUUGGCCUGCUGUGUUUGCACCAUGACACUUUGCUGCCUUCCCUCAGCCUGAGGCAAAGCAUACAAAGAUAAUAAUCAGGUGGUUAGAUUCAGGUCUGAAAAUCGUCAUAUCAAGUUGACCCGCACUUAAAGGCUUUGAUCUGAUUUUGAUUAAUAUAAACUAUAUGAACAGUUCAGGAAAACAAAUAAAUAAAUACAAAAUAUACAUAUAAUAAAUAUAAUUGAUAAAAAGCAUCCUGUAUUUUUUAUGAAUGUAUAUAAUUUACAUAUGUGACUCCCUCAUUGCCAAAUUCUGUGUCACGCAGUGCAGUUGAAGGCCCUUACUGUCAUGUUAAUUGGUACAUCCACACUUUUGAAGCAGCAUUUACACCAGGAAGUGGCAUGGUCUGACAUGGUCAGCAGCAUCAAGCACUUUCUAUUCAGCACUCCCACUUAAUAUUCAUCACAUUCUCUUUUGACUUUUUAUUUCCCUUCACUGGUGAAUGUCUUUUGGAAGUCAAAUGCCACUUCUAAGAUGAGAUUGCUAUUAGCUCAGUAGGGAUGUUGUUGACUGUUAAUGAAUAAAGGGAUGAAUUGAAGCUCACCGCAGGCAUGUAGGACAAGGGCUGCGUUUUCAUGACUGCUGUUUGUUUUGUCCUCAUCACUCUCAUGCAGAAAAGGCUCCUCGGCAGCCCUCAACCAGGGGCCUGGAGGUGGCCCAGCUCAGGCAGACAUGAUCUCCAGAUGUACUGUGGGGCAAUAUAUGAGUGCUUUAUAUGUCAGAAUCCUGAGGACAAAAAUGUUCAAGCAUAAUGUUUUUUGAUUCAGCCUUUUUUGGAAUUUCCAUUAGACCUCUAUUUUUCCCCCCAUCAAUCACUAGCCAGUUAUAUUCAUGCUUGCUUAGCAACAAAUCGCAAGAUAUCAUGGUGCAAGCAAAAAGACACAGGAGUAUGCAUCACUAUGGUCCUGUGUAGCAAGACAAUGACAUUGUGCUUUGCAGACACUGCUGCGUUGUGAAAUAGCCCCACUCACUGUUCUGAGCACUUUAAAGCAGUCUAACGACUAAACCACCCGAAAACAGAAGCCAUUUUGCACACCUCAAGUGAGAUCAAACUGUAGAAUCUGUCGGUAUGUGUUGUCCUAUGUGCUUUUUUAUGUCUCCACAUAUAUAUUGAAAAUGAAAAUUAUGUAUUUUUAUCUGCUGUCUAGCAAAUAACCUAAGAUCAAUGCCAAAUUUAUUCUCAUAUUUUCCCCUCCCCACACAUUAGUAGGGAAUUUUUUUAAGAGCGAUUUUUAUUAAACUGUAAUAGAUUUACUCUUUGUGUGCCUCACUUCACUGUUCUCAAUGAAAUGCCAUUAUUUAAUAUGCUUACUCUGAAAGCAACUGUUCACUUCAUGUCUUUAAGCAGGCAAUAAAUCAUUGUUUUGUCAUUGAGGGAUGGGGGGCAAUUGAUUAACCUGGGUGAUAUCUAAACGUUUGCACUGAAUGCAUGUUUUUCAACAAGCCUUCCAGAAUGCAACAGUUGCUUUAAGAUUACCCCCACAUCUCCCAAAAGUGUAAUAUUCCAAGAAAGUCUUAAAUUGUAUUGAAAUUAUACUCCUAUAACACAUUGGUGUCAGGCGAUCUAUGCUUUAGAUUCUAUGUAUUCCUCAUCUCAUGGUCUGAAUUGAAUUGUUCUUAUUUGAUCAGAACCAUUAGGGGUGUGUAACCUCUAGUGCAUCCACUUCACACAGAGCACUUCUGUCUGGGUCCUCUGUAUCUUUGAAAUGAUGAUUGAAUGAUUGUUAGCCACCAAUACUGUAAAUGUUAGCAUCUUGCCUAAUUGUAGCAUGCAUGAUUUUGCUAACUGUAUAUAUACACACAUACACAAUCAUUAAUAAAGAUGGCUAUUUCCAUAUAA